CCCCUAUAAAACCCCAAAGGUGCCUGACAACACUCAGUACUCCCAAAGCAGUAAUAGCAUUCUCUCUUACAAUUCUCUUUAUUAUUUCAUCACUUUCUCCCCAAACAACAGAAAUGGCCGGAAAGAUUGCAUCCUUUGUGGUUUUGUGCAUAGUGGCAGCUGCGCACUGCGCAGAAGCCCUAACUUGCACUGAGGUGGACGCGUACCUCAAAGAUUGCGUACCUUUCCUUACAAAAACUGGGCUUCUGGGAACCUGUUGCGACGGCGUCAAGAAAUUAGACGCCGUUGCCACCACCACAACUGACCGUCAAAGUGCAUGUACUUGCCUGAAAGCUGCUGGUGAAACUAUCAUAGGACUUGAUUGGAGUAGAAUUGGUGAUCUUCCAAGUGCCUGUGGUGUCAAUCUUCCAUACACUAUUACCGCUGACAUUGACUGUUCCAAGGUCGUGUAAAAGGAUGAAGAAAGAUCUAAGUUUACAACCGCACAAUUUGGUAGUAUGCAAUAAUGAGGAGAAGAAGAAUAAGAGAUGGGAUUUUCUUCUUUGAUCUUAAUUACUUAUUGGUCCAUUUGUAUUUCUUUUUUCCUCUUUGUGUGUGUCCCUUUCUGAGUCUCUAGUUCAGUGUUGUGUAAUAAAUAAGCGGUUGUAUUAAUAUCUAUCAUUUUUUUAUUAGCUUAA